AGGUGAAGCCCUGGCCUUAUGCUCUAUUAUUCAGUGUAAGCUGUGUUGUCGUGGAAAGACCAAACAAGCAGCUUAUAAAAUCUUGACAUCAACCCUUUGCAAGCAUGUAGAGGGUAUCACAGGUGCAAAAAAAAGUUGCCUCCCAGCUCCACCUCUAGUUAACCUGUUGCUAGGUAUGGGAGACAGGCUUUUCCAGCAUGGAAUUUGUGAAGCAGCAAGAUUUAAGCUGAACUCCUCAGAAUGGCUACUAAAAACAUUUGGCAAAGUUUGGCUCAAGAUAGUGGUCUAUCUAUGCGUCACAUUAAAAAGACAUUUAUUCUGCUGGUCACAUUAGCAUUUUUAUUGUCUGCUGUUGCUUAUGUCUUCGAGACAACUGCAUAUUCUCAAACCUGGUUGAAUAAAAUAAUGAAUCUGACUCAUUAUAAGGUAAUUAAAAGCACUUCGGCUGAUCGUUCUGAAAAUAAUUUAUUAUCACCUUUGCCCAAUCAACAAAUCCAACCAAGAGGUACAACUAUCUAUCAUCAUGUGGCUCAUCCAAGCAACUAUCAUUUCAUCCUGGAUGAACCUGAUAAAUGUAAGCAGGAUCCGUUCCUGGUCUUGAUGGUCCCUGUGGCCCCCCAUCAGCUGGAGGCUCGUAACGCCAUCCGCAGCACAUGGGGGACUGAGAGCUCAGUGCAGGGAAAAGCAGUGCUGACUCUGUUCUUGGUGGGUUUGACUGGAGGAGCUGAAGCUCAACAUCAGCUGGAGGAAGAGAGUCGACAACACAGAGAUUUACUGCAGAGCAACUUUGUGGACUCCUACUUCAAUCUGACCAUAAAGACCAUGGUGAUCAUGGACUGGCUGGCCACUCGUUGCCCUCAAGCAGCUUAUGCUAUGAAGAUUGAUUCUGAUAUGUACAUAAACCUGGAGAACCUGAUGACCCUGCUGUUGUCACCCAACACAUCCAGACAGAACUACAUCACAGGCCAUUUGAUGAGGAACGAGGUUGUUGUCAGAAACAUAAACUCUAAAUGGUAUGUGGCAGAGGAAUUGUACCCUGAACAGAAAUACCCCACAUACCUACUGGGAAUGGGUUAUGUUUUCUCCAAUGACCUGCCAAAAAAAUUAGUUGAGGCAUCAAAGAAAGUAAAGCCCUUUAACAUAGAAGAUGCAUAUGUGGGCGCUUGUCUGAAACAGUUGGGCGUUGCACCCUCAUCUCCCCCAAACCCUUCACAAUUUAAACUCUUUCUGGAACAAUAUAAUCGAGAAGAUUUUCUCAGAGUUAUCACGACAAUCCUGAGUUCCCCAAAGCAGUUAAUAGACAUUUGGAAGGAUGUAAAGAGGCCCACAUAAAAGUACUGGAGCACAAA